AUGAGUCUGUCGACGCCUCUCCUCAACAACACCAUCGAACCCGACGACAUUCCCGAUGGCCACAUCUCAUCCGCCCGCCGCCCGCCACUCACAAAUGUUAAUCCCGCCCUCGCCGCCAACGACAAUGAUGCCGAAUCCGGCAUAGCAGGCAUCUUCCGCCAAUCAGCCCACCCCCUCGCCCUCUUCUUUCUCUUUCUCUUUCGCAUAGCAGCAAUAACUGUAUACAUCCUCUGUGGCUUCUUUACCGACAACUAUGUCUUAUCCACCGUCGUAGUCGUCGUCCUCCUCGCAAUGGACUUUUGGAACUGCCGCAACGUGGCCGGCCGCACUCUUGUUGGUUUGCGCUUUUGGAACCAAGUUGACGACGAUGGCGAGAGCUUCUGGGUCUUUGAGAGUCGCGAUCCCUCUCACCCCGCCAACCCCAUUGACUCCAAGAUGUUCUGGAUAGCUCUAUACAUCUUUCCCUGUCUCUGGGCUGCUCUUUUCAUUGUAUCCCUUCUCAAGCUCAGCAUAUCAUUCGUGCCCAUCGUCGUCCUCGCUCUCAUCUUCAACAUCACCAACGCCAUCGGCUUCACUUACGCAGACCGCGACGCCAAGCAGCGUUGGGCCAACAAUCUCUCCUCAUCAUGGGACUUUGGCGGUAUCACCGGCUCCCUACUCUCAGGCGCUGUCAAACAGUCUGUCGGGAGGAUGUUCAAGUAGCAUACAUUGCAACCACUUCUUUUUUAUUCUUCCGUAGUGCUACAAUAUAUAAUAUAUAGAGGUCGAAUAAAAAAAAUGUAUGUGCAUCGAAAAAAAAC